AUGGAGAAGCCCCGGCAGGUGGUGCGGAAGUUGCCGGCCUGGCUGAAGCACGAGGGUGUCUGCACCGUCAUCUGCCGCAACAUCGGGAGAUUAGAUAGGAUAAUAAAUUUGCUUGUUCAAGAUCAAUCAGUGAGGGCAACUACUACGCCAUACGGAGAGCGCGCCAGUGCUUCUGGUCUUUUGUAUGAGGCUAGGAACAGUAGCUUGAAAAGCCAGGCUUCAGAUGUAGGGGCAGCCGGGCAGCAGGGGCAGGUGGGGUUGGCUGAUCUUUGCCUUAUGCUUUUGCUUGUUACGUCAUAUAAAUUUUUAUCUUGCUGCGGUGACUUGACAUGUAUUGUUCGUGGAAGUGGCUCUGGCUUCUUGACCGUCUUCCUGCCUCCGCUAGGUGACUAG